AUUAACAAUUCGCAUCGCAGCACACCUACCUCCAACACGACACUUCGCAACAUCCCAAUUCCAACUUCCACUCUUUCAACCCCGUUCUAUUCAACCUGCCACCUCUCUAAUUCACUUUUAUCAUAAAAUGGUAUGUCUCCCAUCCAUCCUCUGCUGAGCUGCAAUUAUUGUACGAUUUCAAAGGGAGAUAGAUGUUCAUCUGAAGAAGACCGUGCUAAUGGUUCUUGCUUUUCGUAGUCUUCUCCUCGCGCAGCAUCGCCAGCGAAUGCCCCAGGGGCGGUGGGCUCCUCAUCUGCUCGUCCUUCGUCCCCUACGCCUCCGGGAGGACCAAAGACUGCGAUUCGACGACGCGCUGCGGCGGAUCAGAAGGAUAAGGUUGCGAAUGCACGACCGAGCUCGACGAGAGCGGCGGGUGCGGGUGGAAGCAGCAGUACUAUGUUGAGUAUGUUUUAGUCCGGGAAUCAAGACGAGAGGUUGGGAUGGAGAAUUGGUCGGGUGGUUUUGCGAUGGGGAAUUGAUAGGGCAUGUGCUAAUAUGGUGGUUUUUUCCUUGCAGGACUUUACACUGAUGAGAGCCCCGGAUUGAAGGUUGAUCCUGUUGUUGUUUUGGUGCUCUCGAUUGUAUUUAUUUUCAGUGUUGUGGCUUUGCAUAGUAUGUUCCAUUCCCUUCCCUUCCCAUUUCACCUUCCCCAAUCAAUUUCUUCAGAUACUAAUCCCUCUCUCAGUCAUCGCAAAGAUCACCAGAAAAUUCUCCAGCUAGAUCAUUUCCAAGGACAUGCAUGGAUGUAUGGGAAGGAUUUUGCGACACGAUACGAAGAAUAGAAAACCAAGUGAAGGAAAGGCAACGCGAGAAUGGGGACCGGUAGAAAAGUCCGCUUUUGGGUCCUGGGUUUUUGGGUGACUGAUGGGAUGUUAUCAAGGACUAUUUAUUCUGUGGAUGGGACUCGUAUACAUGGCGUGACGUUGAAAAGAGG